AUUGAACCGAUCGAUAAAUCGUACGAGAGCAGUCGCAUAAAAAAGCUCCGAAAGAGAGAAAUCAAUUUGACCAAUCAAAUAAUUGCGGUGGUGAAAAUGGCUCGAAACGACUCGCGAUCUAGGUCGCCGUCUCACCGCCGACGGUACUCUCGCUCGCCUGUGACUCAUCGUAGCAGCCGUCGUACCAGGCGCGACCGCAGCCGCUCACCCUACACAUCAAGGCAUAAGAAGAGCAGAUCUCCUGCACCAAGGCAACACCAAAGGGAUAGAAGUAGUUCAUUGUCUCCUUCCGAGCAUAGAAUUGCGAUUGAAGUGAAGAAAGAACAGGAAGACAAGGCAAGAUUGCAGCAUGAGGCGGAGCUCAAGCGACUAGAAGAAGAGACUGCACAGCGGAUUGAGGAAGCAGUAAGGAAAAAUGUAGAGGAAAGGAUGAAAACCGAAGAAGUUAAAGAAGAAAUUGAAAGACGGACAAAGGAAGCUUAUGAGAAGAUGUUUCUUGACGUGGAAAUACAGCUGAAGAAAGAAAAAGAAGCUGCUCUAAACGAGGCAAGAAGAAAAGAAGAACAAGCUAGGAGAGAAAGAGAAGAGCUGGAUAAGAUGUUAGAAGAAAAUAGUAGGAGGGUUGAAGAAUCUCAAAGGCGAGAAGCAAUGGAACUUCAACGUAAAGAAGAGGAAAGGUAUCGAGAAUUGGAGCUCCUGCAGAGACAGAAGGAGGAGGCUGCAAGGAGAAAGAAGCUGGAAGAAGAAGAAGAGAUUAGAAACUCCAGCAAGCUAUCAAAUGGAAACAGAUCACGAUCCAAGCUGCAUUUCGGCAUGGGUUUAUAAUUAAAGAAACAUUGAUGAAGGCAAAGUCUGAAGAAACUUUUGACUUCUUGUAUCAGAGAAUAGGAAGAUACAGUUGAGGAGUUGACUCAUCCAAGUAAGCACAGACAACAUUCUCUAGCUGACCCUUCAUAGAGCUUGUUGCUUCACUAUGUUAGUUAAUCUUUGGAAAGAAGCAUCUAUCAGUUUGGUAAAGUUUGAUAAUAGCUCUGGCGGGCUUUGGGCUGGCGGGUUGGGCCGGACCUGAUCAAAAGCCUGUUUUAACAUGUGAGGAAUAAUUGUAAUUUCUUUUUUUUGUUAGUUUACUUAGAAAAAGUUGCAUGUUGUUAAAAAUCUGAUAAUAUGAUUUGUUUUAUCGAUUUUUUUGUUUUAUAAUACCAGAAGUUUAGAAAAUGC